UCGUCUUCUUCAUUCAUCUAAAUCUUGAGAUGUUCGAGGGGGAGGGUUGAAAAAAUUCGCAGAACUAUAGCUCUUGAAUCGCACAAUCUUGUUCUCGUGCCUAUUGCAUUCAUCAGACUCGCCCUUCUUCCCGUUUCUUCGGUUUUCCGUCGCAUUCCUGGUGUGGUGUUUGGUUGGCAGGAUCAGUCAAGCUUCCCCUCCUCUCUUUUCUCAGUCUUACUACGUCGAGUAAGACCUCUCUGGUGUGAUCAUGCUCCGCGUAUGAACAAGGGAGAGGGUUGCAUUGAUGAUGGACCCUAAUUGGAGGCAUUCAGGACUCUUUCUAAUUAUCUAUUUUCAUCAUUAGCCCUUGCCUAGGUUUUCAAUGCCUAGUCGAUGCCUAUAUUUUGUUUUCUCCUUUUCUUUAGUUUCGAUGGAUUAGAAAUUGGGGGUUUUAAUUUGAUUGGUGAAAUUGAUGUUUUGAAAGUCUCGUAGAACUUUAUCGAUGCUUGCAUGUUGAUUGGGAGAAGAUUUUUUAUUCUGUGGAGCUUAUUCUAUGAUAUUUAUAAGUGCACAGCCUUUCUUAAAUUCUUGGAAGGCUAAAAGAGCUAUCAUUGAGUUUGGUACUUGGUAGCUGAUAAUCUUAAUUGUUGGGAUGUGCUCUUGAAAGCUCUAUAUUUUUGGAGAAGAUCAUGUUAUUUGAAUUAGAUUAUGUUAAUGAAUGGUCCUAAGUAUUGAAAUAAGGACGAUUUGUACGCAAGAGUUAUGUUUAAGUUGUAUGUUUGGUAUGUUCCAUACUUAUGAAUGUUGGAUACAACUUUUGUGUUGUGAAAGUUACUGAAUCCUGUUGAUUUGGAUAAGUGGUUUUUGGAAUGAAGAAUUCUAGAAUAUAAUUUAUUAAAAGAGAAUUAAGUGGAAGUUUGAGCAUAAGGUGAGGUUUGUAUUGCUUAAGAAAGGAAUUCUUAUCUCUUCCUUUUAAUGCAUGGUUAAACAAGUGUUCAAGGAAAAAUGAUAUGCUAGUUUCAUUAUUCAUGGUUCAUCGUUUUUCUUUUGUGGACAUUCAAGGCCAGCAAUAUAUGUUACUAGUGAUGGAUAAAUCUCGUAUUAAGCACUACAAUAUUAAUUCAAAAAGGGGUUAAUUAAUAGAAAUUACUAAACCAUUAAUACUAAGUCAAUUGGGUUUUUAUGCUUUUCCAUGAACUGAUAUAUGGAAUAAUAAUAUUCUUUUCAUUUUGUAUGCGUUGGAAGCUAUAGGGGUGUAUUUCAAUUUGUGAUCAAGGGAUCCACUCUUUACUUCAUCGGUUUAAAUCACGGAUGGCAAGUGCUUCUUUGAAAGAAUUAUUUUGUUAUUUUCAUAUUGGGGGAGAAUUUGUGACGAAUGCUGAAGGGAAAAUGUAUUAUGAGGGAGGGAGAUCAAAUGGUAGAGUUAUUAAGGAAGGCAUGACUCGUGAAGAAUUGAUAGGAAUUAUAACAUCAUGUAUGGAAUAUCAAUCUAAUGGAGCUGAGAUGAAGUACACCAUCAAAUUUGAUUCUAAUACAUUUCUAGACCUUGAAGAUGAUGAAGGAGUUGCACAAUUAAUAAAGUUUAAUGACAAUUGUGCUCAUGUGUACAUUGUUGAAAAGGCAAAUCAAAUUAUAGAGGCACCAAGAAAGUCUUGUCAAGGAUUAAGGCGUUCGUCUGAGAAUGCAUGUGCAAGCUCUCCAUCUAGCCGUGAACCUGAACCUGAAGCUUUACCUUGUGCAGUACAGAGUGCAUCUGCACCAAUACGAAGAAAGUCUUCUCGAGUAUUAAAGCGUUCAUCUAGGAAUUCAAGUGCAAGCUGUCCUCCAUCUAGCCAUGGACUUGAACUUGGACCUAUACCCUGUACAAUACUUAGUGCAUCUACACCAAUGCAUGAAUUGAAUACAGCACAAUGGAAGGAUUUGUUCAUGGGAGUUGGGCAGAUUUUUGAAAAUGCUAUAACUUUCAGACAAGCACUUUAUAAGUAUAGCAUUGCACACAAAUUCAGCUACAUCUUUGUGAGGAAUAGUUCUAAAAAGAUGAUUGUCAAGUGUAAGAUAGAUGGCUGCAAAUGGAAGAUAACAGCAUAUGCAAUGGCUAAAACAACCCCCUUGUUGAGUGUAAAAAGUUUCCACCAAGAGCACAUCCAUUCAGCACAAGAUAAUUUGAUAGUUCCUCGCAUGGCAAGAUCAAAUUUGACAUCAUCUAUCAUUAUGGAUGGGAUUAGGUCUAGUGUGGACAAAGCUCCAAAUGAAAUAAGAAAUUACCUCUAUAGAGAAUAUGGUGUGAGCUUAAGUUAUCGUCAAGCUAUGAGGGGGAAAAAGAGAGCACUAGAGGAAAUGCAUGGUCUUCCUGAACAUUCCUUUAUGUUAAUUCCUUGGAUGUGUGAAAGAUUAAUGGAGAAUGACCCUAACACUGUCGCCAGAUGGUCGGCUUCCACAGACAAUAGGUUUGAGAGGUUGUUUAUUGCUUAUGGAUGUUGUAUAAAUGGUUUUUUGCUCGGAUCUCGGCCCAUAUUGUAUCUUGAUAGGUGCCACUUAAAUGGUCCUUACAAGUUGACAUUGUUAGCAGCUUCUACAUAUGAUGCUAAUAAUGAGUUGUUUCCAGUUGCUUAUGCAAUUGCUUGUGGAGAAACAUUUGAUGAGUGGGCAUGGUUUUUGCACAAUGUGAAAGACAUAACAAGUUCAGUGCAAGUAACUGUAGUCUCGGAUAGAAAUAGUGCAAUAAUUGCUGCUGUGAGAGCAACUUUUGGGGAUGAGAGACAUGCCUAUUGCUAUCGGCAUUUGAAAGAAAAUUUUAGCUUAGAGGUUACAAAAAUUAUCAAAGGUACAGGAAAGAAUAAUGGUUAUAACAAGGAAGAUGCACUAAAGUUGCUUGAUGCUAUUGCCUAUGCAAGACUUGAGUGUGAUUUUAAUGUAGCUAUGGGAAAUUUGAGAUCUUUUUGUCCAGAGAUGGCACAGUGGCUUGAAACUAAUGGUGAUAUUGAUCGAUGGGCUCUAUCACGAUUCCCAUUCCGUAGGUGGGAUAAUAUUGUUACUAAUCUUGCAGAAUCAUUCAAUUUAUGGCUUGUUAAGGAGAUAAAUCAUAAUGUAUGUGUAUUGAUACAUGAGCAUCAAGAAAAGUUGGCUAAGGAAUUGUAUGCUAGCAAAGAGGCAAUGAUAGAGUGGAAAAAUGGCGUGGGUCUAAAUGUAGAGGCGAAAUUGAAGGAAAAUGUAUUGAUGGCUGAAGUUAUGGAAGCUGAGUAUUAUGGACCAAAUAGGAUAUUAGUGCGAACUGGACUAACAAAUUUUAGUGUGAAUCUUGCAUUUCGAGAUUGUACCUGCCAAGCAUGGCAAAUGUCUGGAAUACCAUGUACUCAUGCAUGUGCAGCCAUAAAAAGAGUACAUGAUGAUGUUUAUGCUUAUGUUGAGGAAUGUUAUCUAUUGAGUUCACAACAGAAAAUAUACAAUAGCACAAUGAUUCCUGUUGAGAUCAAUGACAUGCCAAGAUUGAAUGCACUUGCAUUGAAUGAUGAUAUGCCGCAAACCUCUUUAAAGCCACCUAUGACUACUCGUCCUCCAGGUAGACCGCCACAAAGUACUCGACGUGAGUCUCAAUUUCAACAUAAAAAAGCUUACCAUUGUUCUAGAUGUCAAGAGGCUGGGCAUACCCGUAAGAGUUGCAAAAAUCUUAAUGCAUGUUGAGAGUACAUUCAAGUAAGUGUUGAUGUGUACAUAUUUUUUUUUUAAUGGUAUACUGUUCAGUAUGGUACACACACACACAUAGUGUCAAUUCACCCGCUGAUACCCUCGUGUAUCGCCUGAUAUUUAAAAUACAUGCUCUUGUGCAUGGUAAAUAUUGUGAUUCAAUAAUUUCUUCUGAUAAAAUUAUAUCAUGAAAGAAGUAAUGCUGGUCUAGAUACCAUGAGAGUUACUAUUGCGGAUAAUUUCCUUGAAUGUGUAAUUUUAAUUCUUAAAUAUCAUCCAAGCAAGAUUUAUUUCAGGUUCUGCUGCUUGCUUUGACUGUGUUUUUCCGUUAUCUAAGAAUUUUUAAAGCAUUGGAACAAAUUGGCUUGAGGCUUUGUCCCAGUUUUUCUUUUGUUUUCUUCUAGCUUUUGUAUUGUGAAAGUUUGAAUGAAUCUCAAAUUGAUUAACGCAAGAUUCCUGUCUCUUUAGAAUUGAGUACGUGUGAUUUAAAGAUUACGAUGAUAACAACCAUAAUAAAAUACUAGGUUGACUUGCGCAAAGUGUAAUAUCUUAAUUAGUUUCACCAAUGCUAAUUGAUUAGGAAUUUCAACUUAUUUGACAGGCUGGACCAAUACUUCUCAUUUGCACAAAGUUAAUUUGCUGAAGAAUUCGGCAAAUUAACUUUGUGCAAAUGAAACAGCUCCCUUCAAAAUGUUCCUUGGGUAAUUGCUGCGACAAUGGAGCUUCCCUGCAUUGCCCUGGCUGCAAUACUCCGAUGACUCUUGAAUUGACGAGGGAUUCCGGUCGCUCCUAGUCCAGAGUCCCGCGAUGAGCAGUAAUGCUGUUCGGGUUUCCUUUACUCCAACGAGUACUACUGAUCAUCUUUCCAGGUCUGACAUAGUGUAAAAAUUGUAAUUAGCGUUUAACUUAGCAUUAGAUGUCUAACUAAUCUCCCAGAAUUCAAGCCUGAUGUUCAACCCUCAUAAAGUAAAUGGUGAACGGAUGUCAGUUUGAGCUUUAAUUUCUGGGAAAUUGGCGGAGAAUCAUUGUGUAACUAGAAUUUCUUUCUUUCUUUCUUUUCGCGCUGUACAGGGAAUCCAUGUUCGAAUAUAAAAAAUAACUUUUUUAUUUU